ACUAUAUUUCAUAUACUGAAGUCCGCGGAGCAAAUGGGUGCUUCCUGGCUCGACACUGACUCCUGUCCCAGGCUGUGAGUGCAGAAAUCUCUGCAGGCAAAUUACUCCAGAGCCAUCACAGAACAAUCCUAGAAGAAACAGUUAAACUCACAGUAUCAGGAUUCCUGAGCCUUUUCCAACAUGGCAGGUGUAAACAUCUGUAUAAAAUGUUCUAUGUUUAUCUUCAACUUUGUGUUCUGGCUAUGUGGUGCCAUUAUCCUUUCCGUAGCUAUUUCAAUACGAGCAGGGAAAAUUGGUCAAGAGAUUUUCACUCCUGGGGAUGCUAACCUUAGCCCUUUUAUUGCUGUGAAUAUAUUAAUUUUUGUGGGUGCUGUCAUCAUGAUUCUGGGUUUCCUGGGAUGCUGUGGUGCCAUGAAAGAAAACCAGUUCAUGAUGAUUUUGUUUUUCAUAGGACUGCUUAUGAUCCUACUCCUGCAGGUGGCCGCAGGUAUCCUAGCAACUGCUAGGAAAUCUAAGACUGAACAAGCUCUGAAUAAGACUCUCCUGAUGAAUGCACGUCUUUUGAGUUCAACAAAUGAAAAUGAAAGAGUAUUCCAGGAAGCCUUUUCUGAACUUCAAGAACAGUUAAAAUGUUGUGGUUUGGUCAAUGGAGCUUCUGAUUGGGGAAGUAAUUUUCAGCACUACUACAAGACAUGUGAAUGUCCAAGGGAAUCAGAUUCCUGUAUAAAGUAUAGUGGAAAAACUAUUUACAAACAGUCAUGCUUUGCCUCGAUAAGCCACAUGUUUUCAAAACGCCUUUUCAUAGUUAUGGCACUAGCAUUUGGACUGGCGGCUAUUGAGGUACUUGGUCUGAUAUUUUCUAUUGUCCUGUACUGCCAGAUGAGGAAGAAAUAAAACUGUGGAUGUGUGGAGCCAUCAUCGGUCAAACCCCUUUAAAGUUUUACUUUGGAGUUGUUACUUUAUGAGUGCCAUGGUGAGAGCAGCUUUCCUAUUAAAAUGUGUCAUUUAGCUGGA